GAACUCACACUCCCAGAAGCGUUUGGUCCUGUGUCGUUUACCAUAACAUCCACAUUGGUAGCUGCUGAAAGAGGAGUGAGAGAGAGAGAGAGAGAGAGGGAGAGAGAGAGAGAGAGAGAGAUAAUGGGACACGCAUGAACGAAAGUUUGAGCUGCGAGAAGUUUGUGUCCGUGUGUUUCCGAGCGCGCGGUGUCGAAAAGAAAACUUCAAGUAAGACAGUGGUGGAGAGUGUCGGACACUAUUAGUGACUUUAUGUGCCACUGGACGAAGUUAGACAGAUAAAAAGUGGACUGUGGGGGAAUUUAACAUCUGCAUGAAACCCUCCCUGUGAAGAAGUGGAUGUUCUCGAUGUUCUUUGGCGAGAAGUUGGUCUGAGAUUGAAGUCCCUUGAUUGGGUCUGAGGUUGGAUAUUGGUUAACACUUUCUGCUGAAACAUUCACCACAGGAGGAUUCAAGAUCCAUAAACAUGUUAUAAAGGUCUCUGUCCGUCAGGCUGGGAGCUGUGCUGGUGCUAACCUGAAUUUCAUCCAACCAGAAAGUGGAAAAACGGACGUCAGAGGGGCAAACAAGUGAAAAUAAGGUGGAACAUUCACACAAGCAUGUUAAGAGCACCAUAACUGUAGCCAGGCUGGUCUAAAGUCAUGGUGUAGUUCCUCUGGAGGCUGGACAUGCUCCUCUUUUCAUGACUUUUCAACUGCUGGUCUAGUGCGUACAAGUGGAACACGUUAAAAAAGACAUUAAAGGAGCGCAAAUGUCUACCUGCAGCAGCUCAUCCCCUCCAUCUUUUCCAAAAGCGUUCGGCCUUGCCCAGCAUCAUGUGGCCCCUUUGGGCCCUCCGCCGUCCCCCAGUCCUCCCUCCACUGUCUCCAGCCGGCUCUCCAAUGGCAGCACGAGCGCUCCAAGCCCAACCAACUCCAGGGGGUCUUUCCAUGGCGUUUCCUUUCUUCUGCAGAUCGGACUAACCAGGGAGGCUGUUAACCUGGAUGCCAGUGAUGUUUCCCUUUCAGCGGUGAAAGAUCUUGUGUGUUCGAUAGUCGACCAAAAGUUUCCAGAAUGUGGAUUCUUUGGCAUGUACGACAAGAUCCUGCUCUUUCGCCACGACUUGAACUCAGACAACAUCCUGCAGCGGCUGACGUCAGCUGAAGACAUCCAUGAAGGAGAUCUAAUAGAGGUGGUACUCUCAGCUUUGGCCACCGUUGAGGACUUCCAGAUCCGUCCUCAUGCUCUGUAUGUUCACUCAUACAAAGCUCCGGCCUUCUGUGACGACUGUGGGGAGAUGCUGUGGGGGCUUGUACGGCAAGGCCUCAAGUGUGAAGGUUGUGGGCUUAAUUACCACAAACGCUGCGCAUUUAAAAUCCCCAACAACUGCAGUGGAGUGCGAAAGAGACGGCUGUCCAACGUGUCCCUCCCGGGCCCCUCACUGUCGGUCCCUCGGCCUCCGGCCCCUGAAAGCGUGGUGGUAUUCCCUGAGGAGCAGAGGCCAUUAUUGGAGGCUGGGAAGCGUAUUCCGUCAUGGAGCGGUCGGCCCAUCUGGAUGGAGAAGAUGGUCCUGGGGCGGGUCAAAGUGCCCCACACCUUCAAUGUGCACACAUACACACGCCCCACCAUCUGCCAGUACUGCAAACGCCUGCUCAAGGGCCUCUUCCGCCAGGGAAUGCAGUGCAAAGAUUGCAAAUUCAACUGCCAUAAGAGAUGUGCAUCCAAGGUACCAAGAGACUGCUUGGGUGAGGUUGUGUUCAACGGAGAGCCAGCAAGUCCAGGGCCUGACUCUGAGGUCACUAUGGAAGUGGACAGCAGUGACGCAAACAGUGAGGCCAGUCGUGUAAUGGACGAUGCUGAAGAGGUUUCCAAUCUGGAAGACAAAAACUUCUUCAUGGACGCUGCAUUCAUGGACGGGGAGAAAGAUGAGGAAACAGUGAAGGCCAUCAGUCCGUCCACCAGCACCAACAUCCCUCUGAUGCGUGUGGUUCAGUCCAUCAAACACACCAAGAGACGCAGCUCCACCUUGGUGAAGGAGGGCUGGAUGGUGCACUACACCAGCCGAGACAACCUGAGGAAAAGACAUUACUGGAGGCUAGACAGCAAGAGUCUCACCCUUUUCCAGAAUGAUUCUGGAGCCAAAUACUACAAGGAGAUCCCCCUGUCGGAGAUUCUUCAGGUGGAGUCUGCGCGGGACUUCACUAGCCUGGCUCAGGGAGGAAAUCCACACUGUUUUGAGAUCAUCACAGACAAUAUGGUGUAUUAUGUCGGGGAGAACACAGGCAGCCUGCAGCCGCACCCCAGCCUGGCGGCGAGCGGAGUGGGGAUGGAGGUGGCUCAGAGCUGGGAAAAGGCUAUCCGCCAGGCCUUAAUGCCCGUCACCCCACAGCCCAGCGUCUGCAGCGGCCCGGGACAGGGCAAGGACCACAAGGAGCUUUCCAUCAGCAUAUCAGUAUCCAACUCACAGAUUAAGGAGAAUGUGGAUAUCAGCUCAGUGUACCAGAUCUUUGCUGAUGAGGUGCUGGGAUCAGGACAGUUUGGGAUUGUGUAUGGAGGCAAGCACAGAAAAACAAAGAGGGAUGUUGCCAUUAAAGUUAUAGACAAGAUGAGAUUCCCCACCAAGCAGGAGAGCCAGCUGAGGAACGAAGUGGCCAUUUUACAGAAUCUGCACCACCCUGGCAUUGUAAACCUCGAGUGUAUGUUUGAGACUCCUGAGCGGGUGUUUGUUGUCAUGGAGAAGCUCCAUGGUGAUAUGCUGGAGAUGAUUCUGUCCAGCGAGAAGAGUCGACUUCCUGAGCGCCUCACCAAAUUCCUGGUGACCCAGAUUCUGGUGGCUCUUAGACACCUCCAUUUUAAGAACAUCGUCCAUUGUGAUUUGAAGCCGGAGAAUGUACUUCUGGCCUCAGCAGAGCCUUUUCCACAGGUGAAGCUGUGUGACUUUGGCUUUGCUCGUAUCAUUGGGGAAAAGUCAUUCAGGCGGUCAGUUGUGGGCACUCCGGCGUAUCUGGCCCCUGAGGUGCUGCGGAGUAAGGGCUAUAACCGCUCUCUGGACAUGUGGUCAGUGGGGGUCAUUGUCUACGUGAGCCUGAGCGGCACCUUCCCCUUUAACGAGGACGAGGACAUUAACGACCAGAUCCAGAACGCUGCCUUCAUGUACCCGCCCAACCCCUGGAAGGAAAUCUCUGGGGAAGCAAUCGACUUGAUCAACAAUCUACUUCAAGUAAAGAUGAGAAAGCGCUUCAGUGUAGAUAAAUCUCUCAGUCACCCCUGGCUUCAGGACUAUCAGACGUGGCUGGAUCUUCGAGAGUUUGAAACUCGGAGAGGAGAGCGCUACAUCACUCACGAAAGUGACGACGCACGCUGGGAGGAAUACGCCGACGAGAGGCGUCUGCCCUAUCCAAAGCACUUCAUUAUGGCGCCUAACCUGGAUGACAUGGAGGAGGACCCCUAGUGGAGGACCCCUAGUGGCCAGGAGGACUUACUACACCUGUUUCUGAAAGAGAUAGAAGGGCUAAUGCUGCUCUAAAGGUGCUCUGGCCCUUCACCCUAGCCACUGCAGAGACUGGGAGUAUGAAGUGGAAAAGUACCUGCCGUCAUGUUCUGAUGAAGGACGCUUAAAGUGAAUGUGAACAGGAAGUAAUUACCCACAUAGCAACUGUGAAGAGUAGCUCAGUACUGUGGGAAACCAGUGCAAGAGCACAAUGCUCGUCUUCAGGUUGUUUUCCUUUCAUUACAUUCCAGAGACAUGACGUGGCGUUCUCUCUCUCUCUCUCUCUUCACUUGCCGCCUUUUCAGCAAUCCAUAACUUACAAGUCUCUCGAGCCAGAGUGAGGAGUGUUUGGGAAUUCUCCUUUUAACAGUAAUAAACAUUUGCACUGCCACUCCACCCACACAAGGCACUAUGAGUUUGGACCAAACCCACACGAGGUGGACUAAAUGGGAGCUUUGUAGCCUGUAAAGCUAUAUUAUAUUUUUCUACUUUCAUUGUGAGUGUUACACAAUUUACAGAAAUUCGAUAUGUUACACAAUAUUGAUAUUUUAAUAAGUUCUUUUUUGUGUAGAGGAAGUAGUAUGCUGGGGUUGUAUGAGGAGUAUUGAAUCUAAACUGGAACACAGAGCAUGUGUAUGCAGUAGGGCUAAGGAGACUGAGGCUUUGGUGAAAUGAAGAGUAUCAGAACGAUAAACAUCUAGUCUCGUGUGGAAAACUCCACUGACACGGCCUAAAGAUAUGGCUUAAGAUAAAACACAUUACCAGUCUAAGUGACCAUAGUGACCAGUCAGAUGCAUCAAGGCAUCAGUUUUUUCUCAUUGAUGCAAACAUGCACAUUUAUGGGAGCCAAUUGGAAAAUAAAGUUACUAGAAAAUAUCUUAUAAUAAUGAGAUACUGUCUGAUACUGAUAUAUUAAAACUUAAUUAUGAGGUGUUGUGAGAUAAUUCUAAGAUACUAAGUCAUAAUUAUGAUACAGUACGUCAUAUUUAUGAGAAAAUCUCGUUAUGAGAGUAGGUAAAUUUUGAAAUAGUAUGUUAUUUUCUGAUAUAGUAUCUCAUUUCGUAACUACGAGGUAAAAUACAAAGUCAUCAAUUUUAUGAGUUGUAAGAAAGUAAGAAGGUAUCUUGUAAAUGUGAGAUAGUAUCUCGUAGUUGUGAGAAACUUUCUCGUUAGUAUGAGCUGCUAAAUGGCUUAAUGGUGCAAAUGGUCUUCCAUACAUUUCCCUAGUCCAUGACACGACGUUAAGAUAUGGCUUUAGAUGACCAUAGUGGCCAGUCAUAAGCAUCAAUGCAUUAGUUUUUCUCAUUCUUUCACACAUACAUUUUCUUUGAGAGCCCGUUUCUGCUGACUGGAGAAAUGAGAAAGUCAUAAUAACAAGAAAUAAUUAUGACUCAGUAGCUCAUAAUGAUAAUGAACAUACUGUCUAUGUCACAAUGAGAUACUAAGUCAUGAUUAUGAGACAGUAGAUUUUAAUUAUGAGAUAUCUCAUAAGUCAGAAUUGAGAUAAGAGUCAUAUUUAUGAGAAAAUCUCAUUAUGAGUUAAUAAGUCAAUUAUUCAACCAUGAGAUAGUAAGUUAUGUAAUGAAAUAAUAUAAGAUAUUAAGCCAUAAUUAUGAGGUAAGUCGUAAUUAUAAGGUAAUAUCUCAUAGUUAUAAGAUUUUUUAAAAAAGUUAAACAGUUUUCCACACAUUUCACAAGCUUAUGAAGUUACCUGAUGUCUCCUGGAAAAGGCUAUAAAUUGCUGGCAAAUUCUAAAAUAUUCUUCAUCCCCUGCAGCUGAAAUAUAAGGAAAACAAAUGGAGUUGAUUUGACUGAAACCUGAGAAUUCCCCAAUUUAAACACUAUAGAUUUGAAAUCUUAACAGCUGGUUUGGUUGGGUUAUUGAUCAUAAAUACUGAGAAUAUUUUGUUUGACCAAAAUUGUGUCUAAUUUUCCAUUGUUUAGUUUUGGUUUGUGUUGUUUUGAGGAUGUUCUUUUUUGAUGUUAUGAUAGCCCUGUAGAGCUACACUGUUACUGUGAUAGUUUGGGACUGGUUUCAUGAUUGGAGUGCAGCACUUCCACAGACAUGUGUGCUGUCCUUUUUUUUUCUUGAACUAACACUGUAUUCCUCCCUGUACAAAACUGCAAUAUAUUGAAAAUAUAUUCCAGUAUUUUCUAUUUACAGGAAUGCAUUGGCAGACUAUUGCAAUAUAUUCCGUUUUUUUCUUUGGGGAUCUCUUCACCAUCACUGUGCUAUGAACUAGCAGAAUGCAGAUUGAUGCUGUUGGGCCUGGUGUUGCAAUGUUUUUGAAAAUUGUUUGUUUUUUUUUUGUUUUUUUGAACGUAGGCUUGUUUCACUGGAUCACAGAAAUGUAUGAGAAUUACUCCAUGAAUUUCCAUUUUCCAGUUUCACAGUGGUGAUUUAUUAUGAGAUGAUGUGUCUCCUGCUGCUUUAGUGUCCCUAUUGUCAUGUAUUAGCUUACUGACAUAGACAUUACAAACCAACUGUAAACCAUAUUUGGGUUGUUUCAGCUUUCACGUCUGACUAGCAUUUUAAUUCACAUUCCAUUUACCCUCAGGACAUGUGGUCUCUAUACUGUAACCUUAAAAUCCCUUUAACGUUAUUCAUUAUAGUAUUAAUUUUUAUUAAGACGUUUCAUUGGAUCUUUUCUGAAAUUGAAGGAUGCAUUCUGAAGCCCUGACCCUGGUGAAUGCAGUGAAUAAUGAAGGAAGAGGACUGGGAGAAAAUCUGUACUGUUGUAUUUUCACUCAUAGUGUGCAGCAUGUGUCUUUUCCCUGUUGUUUCUGUCAUUUUUAAUGGGAUCCAUUGACUAAAGCCUAAUUUAGAAGGAGGUGUGUAAAAUAUGAUGCUAAUUUAACAUACUUGUUUAGACAGUAUUAGCUUAAUGCAAAUGUCACGGAUAAACGUCUGGAUAAUUCAGUGGGGGAGAAAUUGAGGACAGAGUUUUGGGAGCUAUGUCGUGCCUCCUGUGAGUUAAUUUCAUGCUUCAGGACAGUCUGAUAAGCUGGGUGGAGGUAAGACAUGCCAUGUUUUUGUAGCUUGUAAGGAUGAUGACGAUGUGAUCCUGAGAAUCAUUUAAGUCUGGGUUGCCAUGGGACUGGCAACAGUCACUGUUUUGUAUAUUUUAGUAUUUACAUAUCUAAUAAAACCUUCCUCUUUA